UGAUGUAAUAAAAGGAAUUUGAAGAAACUGUUGAAGAAGUCAAAACCAUAAAGGCAAUCACACCAAAGGUAGUGUCUAUGUGUAAAUUUUAUAAUAGGAAAUUAAAAAGAUUGUUCGACCAUAGUUUGAAGCAAACCCAGAGUUGUUCUACCCAACCAAGGUUUUUGAUAAAUUUGGGUUUAGUAGAUGUAAAUGUCCAAAAUGUGGUGCAUAUUUUUGGAGACAUACAGAGAAAAAGACUACAUGUGGAGAUUCAAAGUAAUAGAAGAAAUCAAUAAAUUUUUUAGUUGUGAAGGAAAAUAUUCUUUUAUUGGUGUAGGUACUGGUAAAGGGGCAAAAGGAAAUAAAAUAACAUAUGCUGAUGCUUGGAAUGGAUUCAAGAAAUCUUUAACAAGUGCAAGAGUACCAUGCACAGCGAUUGAUAGAUAUCCAGUUGUGGCAAGAUGGAGAAAUGAUGUUGAUUAUGUAGCAGCAGGAAUCUAUUGUUUCUAACCAUUUUGUGUAACAGGUGAAAUGGAUCCACCAGCAAAUCCAUUGAUUUGUCCAUAAUUUUGUGUGAGAUUUAAUGAUCUAGACAAUAUUGGUUUAACAGGUAGACAUUAUUCAGGAUUUAUAAUGCUUGGUAUAUAGACAUUUAAUUAUCCUGAUAAAUAUGUAUUCUUUAAAGAAGAAUGCGUUGAAUUUAAUUAUAGAUGGUUGACUGAAGAAUUGGAAAUUAAUCCAGAUGAUAUUACAUUUAUUGAAGAUGUUUGGGCAGGUGGUGGAAAUCUAGGUCCAUCAGUAGAAUAUUUUGUAAAUGGAUUAGAAGUAGGAAAUAUGGUAUUUAUGUAAUAUAAAUAUUUCCAUGAUGGAUCAUAUGAAGAAUUACCUAUUAAAAUUAUAGAUACUGGUAUUGGAUUAGAACGUAUACCUUGGUUAGUAAAUGGUUCACCAACAAGUUAUUUUGAUGUAUUUGCUGGAGCAUUUGCAUUCUUGGCAUAAAAAUUAUAAGUUGAAUAUUCAAAUGAUGUUUGGAAAGCAUUUGGACCAUAUAGUUGUUUAUUGAAUGUUGAUGAGGUUGAAAAUGUUGAUAAGACAUGGGAAUUUAUAUCAUCAUAAAUUGGAUAUGAUGUUUAAACUAUAAAGAGAGAAAUAGAAUAAUUAAAAGAUAUGUAUAUCAUUUUAGAUCAUACACGUACUGUUAUGAUGGUAGUAACUGAUGGAUCAUUACCAUCUAAUGUUGGUGGUGGUUCUAAUAUUAGAAAUAUCAUUAGAAGAGUAUUUGCCGUUUUGAAGAAAAAUAAUUGGUGGGAUAAAUUAGGAAUGGAUGGAUUAUUAUAAUUAUUUUAAGAACAUAAAAAUGAUUUGGCUAAACUUUAUGGUCCAUUUGGUGAAUAUAAGAGUUUUGAUUAAAUUAUUAAAUAAGAAUAUGAAAGAUGGGCAAAAACAGAUGAUGAUAAGAAAGUUAAAUUAGAAAAAUUAUUAAAAUAAAAGAAUAAUUAAUUAAGUAUUGAUGAUUGGAUAUUUGCUAUGAGUACACAUGGAAUACCAGCUGAUACUAUUAGUCAAAUUAGUAAAUUACCAAUCCCUGGUAAUUUAUAUGCUGAAUUGGCAGAUAGAGCAGCUAGAAUUACUAAAGCACCUGAAGCUAUUCUUUAUAACACAGUACAUAUACCAGAAACUACUAAUUUAUAUUAUCAAACACCUAAAGAUGGUAAAUUCUAAGCUAAAAUUGUUACUAUAUUUAGUAAUGUUUAAUAAUAGAAUCUUCCUAAUAUAGUGAUUUUGAAUUAAUCUGCCUUUUAUCCAUUUGGUGGUGGAUAAGAAAAUGAUUAAGGUUGGUUAACUAUUUAAGGAGAAAGAUAUUUUGUUAAUAAUGUUUAGAAAGUAGGAAAGGCUGUGUUACAUAUUUUAGAAAAACCAUUACCAAAUUAAGUUGAUACUUAUGUUGGUUUAGAUGUUUAAGCUGAAAUAGAUUUAGAUAGAAGAUCUAUAUUGAGAAAUCAUCAUACAGCUACUCAUAUUGUAUUCGCAGCAUGUAGAAGAGUACUUGGACCUCAUGUUUGGUAGAAUGGUGCUCAUAAGAGUGUACAUAAUGCACAUCUUGAUAUUACUCAUUUUGCACCUUUAACAAAGGAGUAAGAAUAAGCAAUAGAGAAUGAAGUCAAUAAAAUAAUAUUAUCUGCAAAGUAAAUCAAUAAAGGAUUUAUGAAUAAAGCAGAUGCAGAAAAAGAAUAUGGAUUUAGAUUAUAUUAAGGUGGUAUUGUACCAGGAAAUGAAUUAAGAGUUGUUAAUAUAGAUGGAAUAGAUGUUGAAGCUUGUUGUGGUACCCAUUGUGAUAGCACAUCAGAAGUAGGAUGGGUUAGAAUUCUUAAAACUUAAAAAUUAUAAGAUGGUGUUGUUAGACUUUAUUAUGUUGCUGGAGUNGAAUAAUUAAAAGAUAUGUAUAUCAUUUUAGAUCAUACACGUACUGUUAUGAUGGUAGUAACUGAUGGAUCAUUACCAUCUAAUGUUGGUGGUGGUUCUAAUAUUAGAAAUAUCAUUAGAAGAGUAUUUGCUGUUUUAAAGAAGAAUAAUUGGUGGGAUAAAUUAGGAAUGGAUGGAUUAUUAUAAUUAUUUUAAGAACAUAAAAAUGAUUUGGCUAAACUUUAUGGUCCAUUUGGUGAAUAUAAGAGUUUUGAUUAAAUUAUUAAAUAAGAAUAUGAAAGAUGGGCAAAAACAGAUGAUGAUAAGAAAGUUAAAUUAGAAAAAUUAUUAAAAUAAAAGAAUAAUUAAUUAAGUAUUGAUGAUUGGAUAUUUGCUAUGAGUACACAUGGAAUACCAGCUGAUACUAUUAGUCAAAUUAGUAAAUUACCAAUCCCUGGUAAUUUAUAUGCUGAAUUGGCAGAUAGAGCAGCUAGAAUUACUAAAGCACCUGAAGCUAUUCUUUAUAACACAGUUCAUAUACCAGAAACUACUAAUUUAUAUUAUCAAACACCUAAAGAUGGUAAAUUCUAAGCUAAAAUUGUUACUAUAUUUAGUAAUGUUUAAUAAUAGAAUCUUCCUAAUAUAGUGAUUUUGAAUUAAUCUGCCUUUUAUCCAUUUGGUGGUGGAUAAGAAAAUGAUUAAGGUUGGUUAACUAUUUAAGGAGAAAGAUAUUUUGUUAAUAAUGUUUAGAAAGUAGGAAAGGCUGUGUUACAUAUUUUAGAAAAACCAUUACCAAAUUAAGUUGAUACUUAUGUUGGUUUAGAUGUUUAAGCUGAAAUAGAUUUAGAUAGAAGAUCUAUAUUGAGAAAUCAUCAUACAGCUACUCAUAUUGUAUUCGCAGCAUGUAGAAGAGUACUUGGACCUCAUGUUUGGUAGAAUGGUGCUCAUAAGAGUGUACAUAAUGCACAUCUUGAUAUUACUCAUUUUGCACCUUUAACAAAGGAGUAAGAAUAAGCAAUAGAGAAUGAAGUCAAUAAAAUAAUAUUAUCUGCAAAGUAAAUCAAUAAAGGAUUUAUGAAUAAAGCAGAUGCAGAAAAAGAAUAUGGAUUUAGAUUAUAUUAAGGUGGUAUUGUACCAGGAAAUGAAUUAAGAGUUGUUAAUAUAGAUGGAAUAGAUGUUGAAGCUUGUUGUGGUACCCAUUGUGAUAGCACAUCAGAAGUAGGAUGGGUUAGAAUUCUUAAAACUUAAAAAUUAUAAGAUGGUGUUGUUAGACUUUAUUAUGUUGCUGGAGUUAAGACUAUUGAAGUUUUAAAUUCAGAAGGAGAGAUGAUUAAUUCACUAGUUAAAUUAUGGUCAAUUUCUAAGAAUUAAUUGGUUGAAGAAGGUAGCAAGAUAUUCUAAGAAAAGAAACAUUAUGAAUCUGCUUAUAAUGUAUUAUAUCAUUAUUAUUAUUAUAUUAGUAACUUAAGGCUGAAUUGAUCAAAUCAUAAAUGAAAUAUGUUAUUGAUGGUCCAAAUUAAAGAACACUUAUUCAAUCAAAUGAAUAAAAUCCAACUGCUUAUUUCAGUGAAAUUGGAAAGUAUAUCCAAUAACUCAAAGAUUCCAAGAAAGGUUUAUUGUUUGUUGCUGACACUUUCAUUUAUGGAGCCUUUGGUGAAAAUAAUUUCAAUGUAGAAGAGUUGAGUAAAUAAAUAGAGGAAGAAGGAUAAUAAUUGAAAAUGAAUAAGUAGAAUAAGAUUAGUGUUAAAGAUGGAAAGGUAUAAUAAAUAAAAUUAUAAAUUAAUAGAAAACUAUCUAAGUUAAUGAUGUGUUAACAUUCUCUAUCUUAGGUAAAUUCAAUAAGAAUAAAGCAACAAAGUAUCUUAAAGAGCAAGGUUUUGCUUAAUUUUGAG